AUGACAAAGAAUAACCUCAAGCAGCACCUUCGUUGGCUUGUCGACCGUGGACAACCGGACUUUGCUGCAUUGGACGUGUUGUUGACGCGCCCUGAUGUUGAUGCCUCAAAUACCCAAAUUCCACCACAACCACUUUUAGAGGCACCCCGGCCAAUUCAUACGGAAGAGUUGACCAUCACUUUGGACGAAAAUUCAAUUGCAAUAUUGAAGAAAAAUGAAGAUCUCGGAUUGAAAGUCGAUAGCGAUGGAGACUGUGUCUUGCAGGACGCGACUAUGGCACGACUCAACCUCGCUUCCUCGUCGGCGUCUAAGCCGCGCAUGCUUAGCAUUACGGCCGGCAACAGGAGUGACAAUGCAAGACCAUUGACUCCCGGGUCUGACGUCCGGAAGAAUUCUGGAUCUGACAGACCAAAAGUUGGGGAUAUCUCAUAUCGAUCUGCUUCAGCCGCUAUAAUAUCAAGUCCCAGUCGCAGGAAACGAAACGUAACGCCUACGAAAUUAGGACCUAUUCUUUCUUCAGAUUAUAAGUCUCAUUUCGAUGAUAUCGAGUCUAUUGAUCUUACAGGCGAUGUCGAACAAACCACCUCCUCUGGAACAGUAGAAGCGUUUGGCGAUUCACAAACAUUAUGGAGAGAAGAUUGUGCUAUGCGUCCAGAGCCUUUACCCAAACAAGGGAAAAAGAGAAAAAGCGACGAAUAUCAGUCGGAUCUAGGGUCUCCCCGGAGGAACAGUCCUCGAUUAAAAGCAUCUCAUCUACCGGGUGAUGACGAUGAUGAUGAUGACGUGUCAGUUGCUGAUAUUACGCCAACAAUUUCAUCGGAUCCGCCUAGUUAUGAUAUCACGUCGUCACAGGAAUUAGCCCGGCAAUCACCUGUUCGUUCGGCAGUCUCGAAGAAACCAACUACCACGACCACUCCGACUAGUAAAUCGAGAACUAAAAGAGAUAGCCAAGAAGAUCUCGAUCCGAAUUUGUUUUCCUGGGACUCCGACGAAGAUGCCUUUGAGCCUUUACCCCCUAAGAGAAUUCGGCCAAGCGAAAGGGGAUUAAACCCAAGGGACAGUAAUCGAGCUCCGAAUGCUGAAACCACACCACAACCCGAUGUAAUCCAAACUCAACCAAAGUUUACUUCACCUAAAAAGCUAUCACCGAAAAAGGUUUCACCCAAAAAGAGACAGGCUAUUGUUGACACUGUAGCUUCUACCCCUUUGUCUCAAAUCACCCCGAAUCCCAAAGUAGAGCAUUUCUUGUCUCUCAAUCCAGCAGCUGUUGAUGGAGCCAUUGAGAAAUUAAACAAAGCUCUGGUCGCGAAUGCUGCUGUUGUGGUUCAACAUGCCAUUGAAGGAGAACUCCCACCACACGAGGUUGUGGCUGAAGGCAAAGCUGCUCGAGUGAAAGUUGAUGCGUUAGGGAAGGUCAAGUUGGAAAGGGCUUCGUAUGAUGAAAAGAAGUCGAGGAAGCAACAACUGAAGGACAUGAUGGUGAAAGCUGUUGCUGAUGGAGAAGAUUUGACAGGUUUGGCGGCAGAGAUCAAAGAGAGCCAAGAUAUUGUGAAGGAUCUCCAAGGUAUCGAGGCACGGUUAAGCGAUCUAUUAUCUAUAAUCGACAUGGAUCUCUCUGCUUUCACUCCGCCUCCCCAGUUUGGGGACUUAGGGAACACCGUUCUACCUGCCACACCACAAACGCUUGUACGGCCCGUUGCGCAACCCAUUCCUCAGAGAUUUCAGACCGAGACUCCACCAAUAGUACCCUCAAAUAGUCGCGCUGCGAGCUUGACUACAUCUUACCGCCAGGAUGUGUCGACCUUUCAGGAAGGCAAUUCCUAUUCUACCGGAAUACCCUCGAACGCGGCCGCUCCAUUUAUCACCUCGGAUGAUUUUGACUUUGAUGAGGAAGACUUUCUUGAAACAGACAACGUUUUGUCGACCGGGCUCAAUGAAGCACCAGCAACCUAUUCUGAUAAUCGCAGGAUCUUUGCCGAAACUUCUGGUAACUCCAGUCGUCAACCACAACCCACUCAGAAACCUACGGUUCCUGAUCCCAACUCUAUGUUGUCCUUCGCUUGGUCCAAAGAUGUAAGGACAGUCAUGAGAGAUCGCUUUCAUCUCAAGGGCUUCCGACCUAACCAGCUAGAGGCAAUCAAUGCGACACUUGGAGGUAAAGAUGCAUUUGUUUUGAUGCCCACAGGAGGUGGCAAGUCACUUUGCUAUCAAUUGCCGUCUGUGAUACACAGCGGUCGGACGAAAGGCGUUACGAUCGUUGUAUCGCCUUUGCUCAGUUUGAUGGAAGACCAGGUUGAUCAUCUCCAGAAAUUAGGAAUCAAGGCGUUCUUUAUCAACGGAGAUGUAACCCCCGAGCACAAAAGAUGGGUUAUGUCGGCCCUCUCAAGCCCUUUUGCAGACCGAGAGCUAGAAUUACUCUAUGUCACGCCUGAAAUGGUCAACAAGAACUUGACAUUGCGUGAUAUUCUCAAGACACUUCAUGCCAACAGAAAAUUGGCCCGCCUAGUCAUAGACGAGGCUCAUUGUGUCAGUCAAUGGGGUCAUGAUUUCCGGCCAGACUAUAAGGAACUCGGGUCCUUUCGCUCAGAGUUUCCCGGGAUCCCUGUCAUGGCAUUGACUGCCACGGCAACUGAAAAUGUGAAGAUUGACGUUAUAAACAACUUGAGGAUGAAGGGAUGCGAGGUGUUGAGUCAGAGUUUCAACAGGCCCAAUCUCACGUAUGACGUUCUUCCCAAGAAAGGUUCUGCUCCGGACAUUAUUUCGCAGAUAGCAGACAUCAUUCAAACUUCGUAUAAAAGGAAAGCUGGCAUAGUUUAUUGUUUGUCUCGGAAGGAUUGCGAAAAGGUUGCCCAAGAGCUUUCUAAGGGGUACAAGAUCAAAGCAACGCAUUACCAUGCAGGUAUGGCAUCAGCAGAACGGACUGCUGUCCAGCGUGACUGGCAGUCUGGUAAAUACGAUGUGAUUGUCGCUACCAUUGCCUUCGGUAUGGGCAUUGACAAGCCCGAUGUUCGGUUUGUUAUUCACCAUACUAUGCCCAAAAGUUUGGAAGGUUACUACCAAGAAACUGGUCGUGCUGGACGGGAUGGGAAGCGCUCAGGUUGCUACCUGUUCUACAGCUAUAGAGAUACUGCUGCGCAGAAGCGCUUCAUUGAACAGUCAGACGGUGAUUGGCAACAGAAAAACCGUCAACGGCAAAUGCUUCGACAUGUUGUACAGUUCUGCGAGAAUCAGAGCGACUGCAGACGUGUACAGAUCCUUGCGUACUUCAAUGAGUCCUUUCGCGCCGGCGACUGUCAUCGCACAUGUGAUAAUUGCAAGACUGACGAGACCUUUCAAACGGUUGAUUUCUCAGAUCUUGCAAAGCAGGCUAUCCAGCUUGUUAGACUGUUCAACGAUAGGGAUGAGGACGUCACCAUUUUGCAUUGCAUCGAUAUCUUCGCUGGAACUUUUAAAAGGAUGAAAGGUGACCAUGCCCAGUUGCCGCAAUACGGUGUUGGUCACGACAUAGAACUUGGAGACGUUGAACGUUUAUUUUUCAAGUUAGUGGGUGAAGAUAUCCUGGAAGAAUGGUCCAAAACUACGAGCAGAUUCACUCAUAGGUAUGUCAAACUGGGCCCUAAAGCCAGUCAAUUUCUUUCAGCAAAGUCUCCUUUCACAAUGCAAGUACGCGCAUCCUCGAAGUCAGCAAAGAGGGCCAGUGGCACUGUUUCUACUGGUAUGUCUGGAGCCUCGGAUUAUCAUCCGCAGUCGACAAAUGUGCCAUCUCCAGUACAAGCUUCGCGUCGUAAAGCAACACCGAAAGCAGCGCCGAAGGCUAAAGGCAAGCGUGGAGCCGUCAAAGCAGCCGGUGACGACGAUGAUAGUGAUGGAUUCGAACCAGUACGAGUAGCAGGGAAAUCGAACCGUCGCAAAAAGGCUGAAGUGGGACCUCCGAUUGUUCAGGAUGAUCGGCUUGCUGAAUUGGACGAUAAUCAGCAAAUGGUGGUUGAGGACUUUGUGACCAACGCGAAGGAACUCAGUCAACAGAUCAUGAUGGAGAGAAAUCUUCGCAACCAACCUUUCCCAGAUGCCAUAUUACGGGAAAUGGCAAUCUAUCUUCCUGAAGACACGAAUCAAAUGAAAGAGAUCCCUGAAAUCAAUCAGGACAAAGUCGAUCGCUAUGGUUCCCGGUUCUUGAAGCUGAUUCGAAAUUCCAAACAGCUACUCUCGGAUAUGAGAGCGAACAACGAGGUUAUUCAUGAUCCGAACCACACGAACGUCAUCAAUCUCGAUAGCGAUGACGAGUACGGCGACGAUGAGGAUUUCAUGUUCUCGCUUUCACAGUUGGAUCCGGAUGACCAGAACACCAGCCAGUACUUUGGUACCUCUGCCUCCACUCAAACAAGGGUACCAUCCACUCAAUUCACUGAUCUAGAUGCUCCUUCUACGACAAGUAGGAGAACAACAAGCAAGGCGUCUUCUGCACCACGUAGUCGAGCUCGUGGUGGCGCACAGCGUACCAGCAGCGGAUCAUCUUCCAGAAGACGGAAGCCCUGGAUCCCAGAAGCUUACACAUACACUGGAGGCUCAGCAAAGAGGAGCUACAAAAGUUAUAACUCUCGAAGUCGAGGAUCUUCAUCCUCCGGUUAUAGUACCUAUCGGCGGUCGAGCUCUACUACUACCGCUAACAAGCGUAAGACGAGCGCGAGACCGUCUGUGCCACAAAUUGAUUUGAUGCCAACAUGAUUAUAAUAGUAAAAUGACGGGAACGGGACCUAGCCAUAUUUAUAGGACUAGAUGAGCUUUUGUCAUGUGCUUGGCGUCUUGAGGGUUUAGUUUCUUAGCGAUUACGGUGCACGGAGUUUAGAGUGGAUUGAUUCAGUUGAUUUGACGGAUGUUUUGUGUAUGUUAUACAGAAAUUCAUGUUCUAAUCACACGC